AUGCCAGAUAAAAAGGUGGAAAAACGACUGGCUGAUUUGGGAGUUAUGAAGAAAGGCAUAUUAGUCCAUCGUGAUGGUGUGGAGAAAUUUGUGAACGACUUUCAAGAAGCGCGUGAUUCAUGUCAGGUACCGGUUCGGAUCGAAUCUCUGGAUCGAGUAUAUUAUGAAUUUUUGGAAGUGCAAAGUGAAAUUGAACAAUUGGACGAUGAAGAGCAGUUAAAUAGACACCUGUCGGAACGAGCGGACUUCGAAGCGCGUUAUUGCACGGUGAAGGGAUUCUUGCUGUCCAAGCGAUCCGCAGAUGCCAAUCAAGCGGCCCAGAAUGCAUCGUUCCAUCAUCCACCAGCAAACCAAGGUACAUUUCACCUUAGGCUUCCGCAAAUAGAUCUUCCCAAGUUCAAUGGGGAUUUCUCAAAGUGGUUGUCGUUUCGAGACACCUACACAUCGAUGGUGCACUCGAACGCCGACAUUCCUAACGUGGCGAAACUCCAAUAUCUCAUCCAGUUACUAGAGGGCGAGGCACGCAAGCCGUUCGAGAGCGUGGAUAUCGAGGCCGAUAAUUACGGUGCCGUUUGGGACGCCCUGCUAAGGUAUGACAACCGCAGAUUUUUGAAAAAGCAGCUCUUCCGUAGUAUCUACGACUUCUCAUCGCUCAAGAGAGAAUCCGCCAACGAGUUACAUGAGCUCGUGGACGAGUUCCAGCGCCACGUGAAGGCCCUUGCCAAGUUAGGUGAACCCGUCGAGCAUUGGGACACACCUCUUGUAAACAUCCUGUCCUACAAGCUCGAUCCAGCUACUCUUCGCGCGUGGGAGGAAAAGACAAGCCAGCAAGAUGACGUCAAGUACAACGACCUUGUUGAGUUUCUGUACCAGCGGGUACAAAUUCUGGAAUCUGUGGCAACCGAUCUACUACAACGUUCCCAACCGGUUCAAACAAAGGUGGCCGGCAACGUUGUUCCUCCGAAGAAGUACACCCAAUCCAAGGUCGCUGCCAACGCUGCUGCAUCCGAUAGUAGAUCCAACCUUCCUUCGUGUUACGCUUGUUCCGGUAAACAUUUCCUCUUCCAAUGUCAAGUUUUCGCCAAAAUGCCCGUCAGCCAACGAAGAGAGCUGGUAUCCCAACGGAAGAUUUGCUGGAACUGCUUCCGAAGUGGCCACCAAGCAAGACACUGUUCCUCGAAGUUUACCUGCCGAAUCUGUCGAGAUCGGCAUCAUACGCUGCUACACGAUCCAUCCCAGUCUAGUAAGAGCUCAUGUACUCCUGCCAUAGCAUCGAAUCUUACCGAAACGGCACAAGAAACGGCACAGGGUCGUCUACCUCCUACCAACAAGUAA